AGACAUUGACAACGACAUUUUAGAAUUGACCAGGCCUCAUAAUGAGCUGGCUGUCAACGAGCCGAUCGUGUUCGUUACUUAACAGAAGACUCAUGUGUGGGCAUAAAGGCAGGAGCUUCGCAUCUACACAAGUUGUGCUCCCCCUUCAUAUCCCACCCCGAUGGCCACCAAUUCCGCUGAACUUAUGUGGGGGCCGGGGUUCAUUGGAUUCAUGAUAGCUACAGUGUUCUAUGGGGUGGGUUUUGGGCAGUGCAUCUACUACAUGCGAUAUUUUCCGCAAGAUUCGAGGAAACUCAAAUUAUUUAUAUUGAUGUUGUUUGGAAACGAUACACCAAUACACAUUGAUAGGGUCAUACUUGUCUAUCCUUGUCUCGUGUCGUCGAAGCACGUCCCUUGAGUGCACGACUGAACUUCCGUGGCAGAUGCCGGCAAGUAGAUUUACAUUGAUGUACUAGUUUACUGC